UUUAAAAUAUAUAGCGCACUAUUCCUCAUGUGAUUUAAUAAAAAAUAAUUUUACUACACACUAGUGAAAGAAACAUUGGGAACAUCCACUCUCCAAUAAAAGGUGAAUUAAACCUCCGCUACAAAAAUCAUGCUCAGUUUUGUGAAAUUAGUAUUACAGUUGUAGUAAACAGUGUCUGUUCACAUGUUUAUACAGUUUAUACGCUGUAUCGGAUACUUCCAGACCACUUACAGUACUGUACGUCUGUCCAUUCCUCUUGAGGAGGAAGCUGGAGCAGUUCCGGAUAACCAUCCACUGCAAAUGGGACGACAUGAUGGACCUAAACAAAAUUAUAUGUGUCAACGGACAAUGCGAUGACACAUUAAAUCAUAAGAGGGAGAAACAUUCAGCGUGGUAGCUCAUCUGUGCUAUUGUGCUAAUGUUAGCUCGGGAAGACGAGGCCUAACCAACACGACGUAUUGCUUCUACUAUUCCUACUUAAUAUUUUAUCUACAUCGGGAUAUUUAUUAGCACAUGGGGUGGGAAACAUUAUACCGAACAAUGGUAUCCUACUCUACUCCCCCAAUUUAACGCCAAACAUAAAAUAUUUGAGUGGUUUAAUAGCCGAGUGCUAGCAGCCGGAGCGACCACGUUACCUUUGAGCAGAGGAAAAGGACCAGAGAAGACGGAAACCGCUUUACCCUACUUCACAUACAGAUCACUCCGCGGCCGUUUCUUCAUUUAUUUCAACAGCAUAGCAAUAUGUUCAAUCCAAAUGAUGUAUUAAAACAUUACUUAAAUAAAAUUUGCAUUUAAAAAAUACUCGGUGUGUUUUAAAUUAAAAUUUCAGGUAAGCACUAUUUUUUGUAAAAGAGGCGAAUGAACACAUCACACAACUGCACGCGUCAUUUGACGAUGCGUCAUCAUUAUGCGACUCCUGUUUACGAAUAGUCGCUUAAUAGGCAAGUGUCAACAUAUUUCAGGCUACAGGAAGACUAUUGAGAAACGAAAUAAAUGACUGAGUGUCAAUUGAAAACAAAAAAACAAUUGCCUUGUUUAAAUAUUAGUAUUUUAGAUCCAACUCAAAAGUUAAGGAAAUGGGAAAAAUCGUUAUGAAGGUAGGCUCCUUUCGAAGACACACUCCAGUGAAAUAACAGUUGCUUAAAUGUGAGCUAACAUGGACGAGGAGGAAGCACUUGGUGAGCAGCUGUACAGUCGCAUUUACCCCAAACACAACGAGAAUGCUGGGAAACUGACAGGUAUGUUGCUAGAACUUCCUGGUCACGUUUUGGGUCAGAUCCUGCAGGAUGAGGUCAUGCUCACUGCAGCUGUAGACAAAGCAGUGAGAGCACUGCAGGUGGACCAGGAGGAGCCCAGCAAGAUAACAAGUAAGGAUGAAGAUGACGCCUCUGUGUCUUCUGACUCUUUGGGCGAGCAGCUUUUUGACCUAGUAAAUGUUUACAACACCGGCUACUCACAGAAGAUCACAGGCAUGUUACUGGAGCAGCACAAGGAGGCCGUCUUAAACCUCCUCUCAGAUCCCAAGCAGCUGGAAGAGCAGGUGAACAAAGCUCUCAAGACUUUAAAAGAGCAGCAUGUGGAAGAGACCGACGUCAGUGACUCAUCAGACACCGAAGAUUCAGAGGGGUUGGGAGAGAAGCUCUUCUCACUGGUGGAGAAACUGGACCACUGUCAUGCACAUGAAAUCACAGGCAUGCUGCUGGAGGUGGAUGCAAGUGUUGUGCGUCAGCUGCUAAGCGAGCGAACCAUGCUGGUCGCUGCUGUGCAGAAAGCACAAGCAGCACUGGACACUGGACACGUGUAAAAAUACAUCUUUGGUGAUGUAGGGUUGGGGGUGGGGGGAAAGGACCUUGGAAUGAAGACUACAUGGGUGAUUAAAAGUUUACACAUUUUGACUAAUAAGAUGUGCAAUGAUUUAUGAAAUUCUUCAGGUAUAUUGUAUCAAAUCUGCACAAAUGGUACACGUUGUUUGUUUGUUUGGUCUUUUUCAAUGACUCCACAUGGACACAUUUCAAAGCACUACAGAAUGCAAAUAUACCUUUAUUCAGUAUUUGCCUGUUGUGUUUUACAUAAGUUGAAAACAACUUGCUUUCCUGAAACGGAAGGGGACCAUUUCAAAUAUUACAAGUCUACAAAAUAAAGUGAAUGAAAUACAAGGUGAGACGAGGGAGUUGUAAUUCAAUUAAAAAUGUUAGUAAAUUAUUGUACUGAAAAGUACGUUUUUAUUUCACAAUGUAGAUAGAUUUAUUUGGAGCAUAGGCGGCCUAUACAAACAUGUAUUUAUGACAUUUGCGGCAAAUCAGAUGCUUCAAAGCUAAUCACACAAAAAAAUGAGUUGUCCACACAUGCACUCUCUCACACAUACACACGUAUAUCUUUAUGCCUCAAGCUCAUAAAUACAAUCCAUCUGAUAUACAAAUAUUUUGAUUUAUUUUAUCGGGUUUUUUUGUUUUUUUUUUGCACUGUUCAUGAUUCCUGCUGGUUUGAAGACAUCACUUGUUGGUCGGGAGAUACUUGGGCCAAAGUGAGACCAAAGACUCUUCAAAGUUGAGUCACAAAUUGACAGGAGAGCAUUUCAAUAAAUAUGUGGAAACAUGCGGCAUCUUCACAUGGCAGAAUGAAUCCACCUCCAGUCUGUUUUCUUGUAGUCAUUGACAAGAGGAGGGAAAGCACACAACACAGCAGACGACGCACUACAGACACUAGUCAUUCUUCUUGCUCAAAGCAUGCUGUCUCCAGUGAAACAGCAUACGAGACCACAAUAUGAAAUAUAAAAAGGUGCUUCUUUCUUUCUAUACAUCUCACACUAAAUCACUCAAA